AUGCAAGGAGCUAAUCCCAAUUUUUAUCAUGCCCAACGCCUAGAUGAACAGGGAAGGCUGAAAGAUGUUAUUUGGGUCGAUGCCCGUAGCCGUGCAGCCUAUGAGGAAUUUGGUGACGUCGUAUGCUUUGAUGCCACGUAUUUGACAAAUGAGUAUGAACUACCUUUUGUUAACUUUGUUGGGGUUAACCACCAUGGCCAAUCAAUUUUGUUAGGGUGUGCCUUGGUGUCACACGAGAAUUGUGAUACCUUCAAAUGGAUUUUCCAGGAAUUGUUGACAUGCAUGAAUAACCGGGCUCCUAAAGCCAUUCUUACAGACCAGGCCGUAGCCAUGAGGAAGCCCAUCAAGGAGGUCAUGCCUCAAACUCUACAUCGCUGGUGCAUUUGGCACAUAAUGCGGAAGAUUCCAGAAAACUUGGAAAAUGUGAAAGAUUUCAAGGGUGUGUUAAAGGCCGUGGUAUAUGAGAGUUUGACAGUUCAGGAGUUUGAGAGUCGCUGGAGUGCACUUAUCACUGAAUAUCAACUGGAGUAUAAUGAUUGGUUGGGUAGCCUAUUUAAGGAGCGGCAUAUGUGGGUUCCAGCUUAUAUGAGAGAUUACUUUUGGGCUGGUAUGAAAACCACACAACGGGUUGAGAGCAUUAAUAGCUUUUUCGAUGGCUUUGUGAAUCGAAAUACGAAGUUGUUUGAAUUUCCACAGAAGUAUGCUAAGGCUUUGGAGAAACGCAUACGUGAUGAGACAGCCGCAGACGCUAACUAUGCGAAAUAUGUAAGGAGGCUAGUGACUGGGUUCGCUGUUGAGAGGGUGUUCCAAAAGUUAUAUACUAACACCAAGUUUCAAGAGGUACAAGCAGAAUGUUCUAGAAUGAUGUACUGCUAUUGUAAGGAAGAGAAGUCGUUAACUGAAAAUAUAACUGAAUACGUCGUUGAAGAUAGAGUCUGGAUUUUGCCUGAGGGACAAAGUGAGGAAGUGAUUACUAAUACAAGACGCGAUAUCCAUGCCACUUUCAACAAGGAAACAAAGGAGGUGUUAUGUGAUUGCCGGAAAUUUGUAACACAUGCCAUUAUGUGUAAGCAUAUGAUGAGAAUUCUAGAUCAGAAUCGUGUGUUAGAUGUACCGGAGCAAUAUAUUGUUAGUCGUUGGCGUAAGGAUAUCUUAAGAAAAUACACUCGUGUACGUGUACUGCACCAUGACCCAAGUAACAACGUGGAGGUGCAAAGGUACAAUAGGCUAAUGGCUGAGUUUGAAGCGUUGUGUGAUGCAGCAGCUAUGGUGAACGAGGAGGCCGUGCGAUUGGUAUCAACAGCUAUAUUUGAGAUUAGGGUGAAAUUUGACGACUGCAAGCGUCAGAAGUUGGAGGAAAGUGUUGACUUGUCUUUCCCGGACGAUGCGAAUGAAUCUGAUUCGGAUGUUCCAGAAAAAGGAAAUGAAUUUUCAACUGCACACGAGGAGACCAUUGGUGCAUCUAUUUCGUGUCCUAGGAGCUGUGAUUUGGUCGUCAAAGAUCCUUUGUUGAUUAUAAAACCACGUGGACGGCCUAAGGGUUCAAGAAAUAAGACUCUUGCGGAAAUGCGGUUCAAGAAACCGAAGAAACUUUCAACUAGAGACAGUAAACCAUGA